UGUUCCAGUUGCUGCAAGUCCUGGCCAGUCACAGAGCCCGCGGCAGGUUUCUGCACGUGACAGCGGCGUGUCAGAAGGCGCAGGCCGGCAAGUACAAGAUCAGCAAGGAUGGCAACAAGCCGCUGACGUACGAGAUGGCCAACCCUCCCCACUUCAUGGGUGUCAGGAAGUCCUGGAACUCAUGGCACACCGGUAACCUAUGGGAGCAGCCUGGCGCGGCAGACCGUACGUUCGAGGACAUGUUUGUCCGUAAGUUCCUGCAGGGAACCUUCCACAACUGCCUGGCGGAUGAGAUCAUCAUCAAGCGGCGACACAACACCAUCUACGUGGCUCUCCUCCUCCUGAGGAGGCUGGACCCUCAGAAGUACUACUUCCUGCUUGGGUACACCGAGACGCUGCUGUCUCACUUCUUAAAGUGUGUCGUCAAGCUGGAGAUCAGCGUGGUGCCCAGGAAGGUCGUCUACAAGUACAUCUGAACUUUUCUUGAAAACGGAACCUAGUAUUAAAGGAUGCUGGACUUGGUACGAGUACAUACUUGGAAAAAGUCUGUUUAAAAAAAUGGGACUGAACAGUUUCCUUUUUAGUUGAUUGAUUUAAAAGUACCCAGGAUGGUUGUCUACAAGUACAUCUGAUUCUGAACUUUUCUAAAGACAGAAUCUUCAAGACUCUAGGAUUUAAGCAUGCUGGUCUUGGUACUAGAAGAUAUUAUUUAGAAAAAGUCUAUUGUGAAAAAUAGCACUGAACAGUUUCCUUUUUAGUUGAGAAUUAUAUGGAUUGAUUGAAAAGUUUUCAACUUUGUGAUCUAUGCCAUCCUCUCACAAGAUGGAAUUGUUCCAACUCAAUCAGACAGAGGCAUUCCUGGCACUUGUUCAAAGUGCUGGCUCAGGUAUACAGCAUCACGAGAUGUCAAAUGCAUAGCCUAGAGAUGCUAGGCAGAGAAAACAAAGCUGUGUACAUGAACAAAUUACAGUAAAAUGUACGAAUGAGAAUAAAAGCAAGGUGCUUGAUGAGAUUGA